AUGUCAAAGGUUGAUGACAAAACGACCCCGGAUGGUACAACGCCUGAUGUUACGGAUACAGCUAAUGGUACAACAUCCAGCGAAAACUAUGAUACAACGAUGAAUAACGAAAACAACGAACCAGUGAAUAAUGAGACACAACAAACGACAAACAAAGACACUUUACUUGUGGGACAGAGGAAGUCUGAACGGGUACAUAAACCCACCGACCGAAUGUUAGAUUACAUGGACCAGGAGUCUAAGAGACGUGAAAAGAGGAUUCAAUUGUGCUUCGAUCGAUGGAAGUUCAAGGUCAGGGUGUGUAGACAAAAUGUGAAAAUAGAGUCCAGUGAAGAAGAUCUUGGAAACAUGUUAGACGAAAUAUUAAAGCUGGAAAGGGAGGUCAUAGAGGCUUUUGAACAUUUGCGUAAUUCAUGUAAUGCACCACACCAAAGUGUAGUUCGGAAAGUGGACACUUGUGUUGCUAUUUCUAAAGACAUGACUCAUCUCAUCAAUGAAAAAAUCUCAGGAUUUGAAGACACCAUAGACAGUCGUAAAGGUUUAAAGCAUAAUGAGUAUGCUAGGUCUGUGUUUAGUGACUUAAGUUGGUCUAGUGUCUCGGAGAGUGAUUCGAUAAAAUCACAACUGUCCUCAAAGUUCGUGGAUGCCCUCGCAGAUGUAGCAACCAAAAGGGUAGAACUGGAGUCGAUAAAGAAAGAAGAGGAACAGCAAACAAAGUUUGAAGCACUGCAAGAGCAACAACGAAAACUACUAGAAACUCAGCAGCGGGAAGUGAGAAAAUUGCAAGCAGAGAAAUCAGUUGCAAUGGCAGAAGCAAGACUCAAGGCCUACUCGGAUUUGAUGCAGGGGUAUGUGAACAUUGCUGCAGCCACAAGCAGACGUCAAACUGAACAUGACACUUCCUUUAGAAGCCGUCCAACUGACCCCCCGGCUGUUCCGACUAUUGUCAGCCACCCUACGUUUACACCAGUCGUCACGUCUACUACUCAUCCUACCGUUACACACACUGGGAGGUCUACUUAUACUCCGUUCAACCCACCUACUAACAACGCUACAGUCAACUCGAACAGCACCACAAACGAUGAUUCUACAACAAGUAUCUUAGCAAAGGUGUUUGCGGACUCAGUGAACCUUAAUAGACUACCUAUACCUGAGCCGUCAGUGUUCACAGGAGAUCCACUUCGAUUCGUAGAAUGGAAGACAGCCUUUCAUGCAUUGAUAGAACGUAAAGGCAUUCCUGAGCAAGAGAGACUAUUCUAUUUGAAGAGAUACGUGGCGGGUGAAGCACUACAGACUAUAGAUGGAUUCUUCUACAGUGGAAGCAGCUCUGCAUAUGAAAAUGCCAGACAAGUCCUGCAGGACAGAUACGGACACCCAUUUGUUAUGCAGAAGGCAUUUAGGAAGAGACUAGAGAAUUGGCCCAAAAUCACAGAAGGGAAUUCAAAGGCUCUCAGAGAUUUUGAAGACUUCCUACUAGCCUGUCGAGAUGCAACGCCUCAGGUUCCAAGCCUUAAAAUUCUGGACGACUGCUCUGAAAAUCAGAAACUAUUAAGCAAACUUCCUAAUUGGGCUGCACUGCGUUGGAAUCGUCAAGUUCAAGAAACUAUUGACUCUACUGGUGAAUAUCCAUUAUUCUCCAAGUUUGUGGACUUCGUCGUAAAGGAGGCUCGCAUUGCUUGUAAUCCAGUCUCGUCAAUCUAUGCGCUCAAGGACACUGACACUAAACCUGCCAGAGAGCACAAAAACUCGAGUCGCAAAGCAAACAUCCUCGCAACGAAUUCAACUCAUCAGCACAAUGCAACGGGAACUGACAUGAGACCCAACUUAUGUGAUUAUUGUGAGAAAGAAGGACAUCCCUUGUUCAAGUGUGAGAAAUUUAUUAACUUGUCUAUUGAGGAUAAACGAGUGGUAGUGCGUAAGAAAAACCUGUGCUUUGGAUGUCUACGCAAGGGCCACAGAAACAAGGACUGCAAGAAGAAGCAUACGUGUGGUAUCUGCAAGGGAAAACACCCAACCUGCAUGCAUGAAGAUGAAUCACCAACAAGAAAGCAACAAUUAGAGGUCAAGGAAGCCAGUUCCUUUCGUGUGAGCAGAGGAUAUGGUCACAGCACCUCCAUGAUCGUUCCGGUGUGGCUUUCUGUUCAGGAGAACCCCUCGCACGAGAUAUUGACAUAUGCUCUCUUAGACACACAAAGUGACACUACCUUUGUGCUAGACGAAACGGCUGCUGCCUUGCAUGUGAAUAGACAACCAACACGUCUCAGCUUGUCUACCAUGACCUCACAGCACACUAUCAUUAACAGUUUCCGUAUACAGAACCUGAGAGUGAGAGGGUUCAAGUCUACGGAAUUUGUGACAAUAGACAAUGCAUAUACGAGAGACUUCAUUCCCGCGGAUCGCUCACAUAUACCUGAAAGGAAAACCGUAAUGUGCUGGCCACACCUGAAGGAGCUUAGCAACGAACUACCACCUCUUCAGUCAUGUGAAGUUGGACUAUUGAUAGGAUACAAUUGUCCUCAAGCUCUUGUACCAAGAAGAACUCUAACAGGAAACGAGAACCAGCCAUAUGGCAUCCAGACACUUCUUGGUUGGAGCGUGGUUGGAUACACAGACCGCACAGACUCGGACGUUGCUGUUGUAUGUCACAGAACUUCAGUGAAGGAGCUACACGGCUGUACACCCAGGGAUGUCAUAAAAACUUUGGAGAAAGACUUUGCUCAUGACAAGAAUGAAGAUAUAAAGAUAUCUCAAGAUGACAUCGCCUUCCUUAACUUUAUGAAAGAAAACAUACAGCAGCAUGAGGAUAAGCAUUUGGAAAUGCCUCUACCAUUCAAGGAGCGACCCUCCCUGCCUAACAACAAGUCACUUGCAUUGAUUCGCUUAGAUCAUCUGAAACGAAAACUUAAAAGAGACCAGACAUAUCAAGAACAUUACAAGACUUUCAUGAGAGAAGUAUUGGAAAGAGGCGACGCCGAACCAGUAUCGUCAGAUGGUGUCAGUGGAAAUACAUGGUAUAUCCCACAUCAUGGUGUUUAUCACCCGAAAAAGCCUGGAAAGCUUAGAGUAGUUUUUGACUGUUCAGCAAGAUUCAAAGAGGCUUCAUUAAAUGAAUAUCUACUGACUGGUCCGGAUUUAACAAAUGCUUUGACUGGGGUUCUAUGCAGAUUCAGACAACACCCUGUGGCUGUCAUGUGUGAUGUGGAGAAGAUGUUCCACCAGUUUGUUGUACAUGAAGCAGACCGAGACUUGUUACGAUUCCUAUGGUGGGAGGAUGGAAACUUGGAUGCAGAACCCAAGGAAUAUCGUAUGAGAGUACACCUGUUUGGAGCGGCUUCCUCCCCAGGAUGUGCUAAUUAUGGACUCAAGUUCUUAGCCAAAAGCCAAGAAGAGCAACUUCAAGCUGCAUCAUUCUUUGUGCAGAAUAAUUUCUAUGUGGAUGACGGACUCACCAGUGUUGAGACGGAAGAAGAAGCUAUCAAGUUGAUACAAGAUGCACAGAUUCUGUGUGCCAAUGGUGGAUUGCGUCUACACAAAUUUAUUUCCAACAACAAGAACGUAAUAAAUUCUGUUGCUGAAUCAGAGAGAGCGGCAGAUGUUAGAGACUUAGACCUUCAACAUGAACAAUUACCUAUGGAACAAGCACUUGGUAUAAAGUGGAACAUUGAAGAGGAUGCAUUUUGCUUCAAAGCUGUCGACCAGAAUGCAUCUCCUACUAGGCGCAGUAUGCUAUCCAUUGUAGCAUCAAUAUUCGACCCAUUGGGAUUUCUCUCCCCUUUCACACUGACUGGGAAACGAAUACUGCAGGAGAUGUGUCAAGUUAUCGCAAAGGCAAGAGUAGCACCUCUAAAGGUUGUAACGAUACCUCGCUUGGAAUUGACAGCUGCAGUAUUGUCAGUGAAGGUCAGUUUAUUUCUGAAGAGGGAGCUGAAUCUACCUAUCAACAGAGAGUACUUUUGGACAGACUCUAAAGUGGUGCUUGGCUACAUCAACAACGAGGCUCGCAGGUUCCACGUAUUUGUUGCAAACCGUGUACAGAUGAUAAGAGAUGCAACAAAACCUCAUCAGUGGCUAUACAUUGAAUCUGCCAGCAACCCAGCCGAUCACGCCUCGCGUGGACUGCGUGCAUCUGAAGUUAAUGAUUCUUCAUGGUUGACCGGCCCUCCAUUACUAUGGCAGUCCAUCAUUGAAAGCAAAGGUGUUGAAACAGAGUUGCAACUUGGAGACCCUGAAGUAAGAUCUGCAAGAACUCUAUGCACCAAAACAAAGGCUCAUUCUAGUAUCCUUGACAUUCUGUCUCGAUUCUCAUCUUGGACCAAAAUGAUAUCCUUCAUCGCCAGAAUGCAGAGACUCGCCAAUGGUGUCAAGGGAACCUAUCCACCAAAUCCAAUUGAAAGACUUCAAGCAGAACAAACUAUCAUCAAACACGUUCAACAUGAAACCUUUCAAGAUGCUAUCAGCGCUCUCGAGAAAUCUGAAGGGCUACCAAAGUCUAACUCCCUGAAACCCCUAGAGCCUAUUCUACAAGAUGGGAUACUUCGAGUGGGAGGCCGACUGGGGAAGGCAACCCUGUCUGAUGCUUACAAGAACCCAAUAAUCUUACCCAGAAAUGGUCAUAUCACGCACUUGAUUCUUUCACAGGCUCACAAGGAAACCUUUCAUCAAGGAAGAGGAAUUACCCUGAACAAGCUCCGGUCUCUUGGUUAUUGGAUUGUAGGAGGAAGUAAGACAGUAGCCAGCUACAUACGUCAGUGCGUUAUAUGCAGGAAGUUGAGACGACCGACAGAGACACAGAGCAUGGCAGACUUGCCCAAGGAGCGUAUGGAACCAUCUCCGCCUUUCACAUACUGCGGUAUGGACUGUUUCGGCCCAUUUAUUGUGAAACAGGGACGGAAGGAAAUAAAACGAUAUGGGUUACUAUUUACCUGUAUGUGCUCUCGUGCUAUCCACAUUGAGAUGUUAGAUGACAUGUCUACGGAUGCGUUCAUUAAUGGUUUGCGCUGCUUCAUCGCAAUUAGAGGAGCCGUGCGACAGUUGCGCUCGGACCAAGGAACCAACUUCAUUGGAGCUAAGAAUGAGUUACAGAAAGCACUUAACAAGGAAAGAAUAUGUUCAUUCUUGGCAGAGAAACACUGUGAAUUCGUGUUUAACGCGCCCAGUGCUAGUCAUACAGGAGGUGUGUGGGAACGUCAAAUAAGAACCGUCCGUAACAUACUCAACGCCAUACUAUUACUUUGUCCUGGAAGGCUAGAUGAUUCCUCGCUGAGAACCGUAUUCUACGAAGCAAUGUCUAUUGUAAACGGUCGCCCACUAACGGUUAGUGAGAUAGACAACCCAGACUCACUGGAGCCGCUUACUCCGAACCACAUCUUAACUGGGAAGACCACUUCUCCCCUUCCCCCUCCUGGAGAGUUCGUGAAGGAAGACGUGUAUGUCCGUAAACGUUGGAGACGUGUACAGUACCUUAUGGAACAAUUUUGGUCCCGUUGGAGACAUGAGUACUUGGCUCAGAUCACCUUACGACAGAAGUGGCAUGGAGUUCGUCGGAACAUCAAGGAAGGUGACAUUGUUCUGGUGAAGGACGUUGACCUGCCACGCAACCAAUGCCUCUCGGUAGAGUUGUCGAAGCCAACCCAGAUGAAGAUGGUCUUGUACGGAGAGUCAAGGUGA